AUGCUGAACCCGAAUCAGAACCAGUUGCUGAACCUGAAUCAGAACCAACAGCUGGACCUGAAUCAGAACCGACUUCUGAAUCUGAAUCAGAACCAACUUCUGAACUUGGGUCAGAACCGACUUCUGAACCUGAAUCAGAACCAAAUGCUGAACAUGAUUCAGAACCGGCUUCCGAACCUGAAUCAGAACCAACUGCUGAACCCGAAUCAGAACCAACUGCUGAACCUGAAACCAACUGCUGAACCUGAAUCAGAACCAACUCCUGAACCCGAAUCAGAACCAACUGCUGAACCUGAAUCAGAACCAGAACCUAUUUCGGAACCUGAAUUAGAACCGACUUCUGAACCUGAAUCAGAACCAACUGCUGAACCUGAGUCAGAACCAACUGCUGAACCCGAAUCAGAACCAACUUCUGAACCUGAAUCCGAACCAGAACCGAUUUCGGAACCUGAAUCAGAACCGACUUCUGAACCUGAAUCAGAACCAAAUGCUGAACCUGAAUCAGAACCAACUGCUGAACCUGAGUCAGAACCAACUGCUGAACCCGAAUCAGAACCAACUUCUGAACCUGAAUCCGAACCAGAACCAACUUCUGAACCUGAAUCAGAACCAACUGCUGAACCUGAAUCAGAAGCAACUGCUGAACCUGAAGCAGAACCGAUUUCGGAACCUGAAUCGGAGCCGCCUUCUGAACCUGAAGCAGAACCAAAUGCUGAACCUGAAUCAGAACCAAAUGCUGAACCUGAAUCAGAACCAACUUCUGAACCUGAAUCGGGACCAACUUCUGAACCUGAAUUAGAACCAACUGCUGAACUUGAAUCAGAGCCAAAUGCUGAACCUGAAUCAGAACCAAAUGCCGAACCUGAAUCAGAACCAGAACCUAUUUCGGAACCUGAAUUAGAACCGACUUCUGAACCUGAAUCAGAACCAUCUGCUGAACCUGAGUCAGAACCAAAUGCUGAACCUGAGUCAGAACCGACUUCUGAACCUGAAUCAGAACCAAAUGCUGAACCUGAAUCAGAACCAAAUGCUGAACCUGAAUCAGAACCAAAUGCUGAACCUGAAUCAGAACCAACUUCUGAACCUGAAUCGGGACCAACUUCUGAACCUGAAUUAGAACCAACUGCUGAACUUGAAUCAGAGCCAAAUGCUGAACCUGAAUCAGAACCAAAUGCCGAACCUGAGUCAGAGCCAAAUGCUGCACCUGAAUCAGAACCAACUUCUGAACCUGAAUCAGAACCAAACGCUGAGCCUGAAUCGGAAUCAAAUACUGAGCCUGAAUCAGAACCGACUUCUGAACCUGAAUCGGAACCAACUUCUGAACCCGAAUCAGAACCAGUUGCUGCACCUGAAUCAGAACCAACUUCUGAACUUGAAUCAGAACCAAAUGCUGAGCCUGAAUCGGAGUCAAAUACUGAGCCUGAAUCAGAACCGACUUCUGAACCUGAAUCGGAACCGACGUCUGAACCUGAAUCAGAACCGACUUCUGAACCUGAAUCAGACCCAAAUGCUGAACCUGAAUCAGAGCCAAGUGCUGAGCCUGAAUCAGAACCGACUUCUGAACCUGAAUCAGAACCAAAUGCUGAAAAUGAAUCAGAACCAAAUGCUGAGCCUGAAUCAGAACCGACAGGUGAACUUGAAUCAGAACCAACUGCUGAACCCGAAUCAGAACCAAAUGCUGAGCCUGAAUCAGAACCGACAGGUGAACUCGAAUCAGAACCAACUGCUGAACCCGAAUCAGAACCAACUUCUAAACCUGAAUCAGAACCAACUGCUGAACCUGAAUCAGAACCAAAUGCUGAACCUGAAUCAGAGCCAAAUAUUGAGCCUGAAUCGGAACCCACUGCUAAACCUGAGUCAGAAGUAAAUGCUGAACCUGAAUCAGAACCAACAUCUGAACCUGAAUCAGAACCAACUGCUGAACCUGAAUCAGAACCGACCUCUGAACCUGAAUCUGAGCCAUUAUCUGAACCCGAAUCAGAACCAGAUGCGGAAGCGGAUUCAGAACCAAAAUCUGAAUCUGAAUCAGAGCCAAAUUCUGAACCCGAUUCCGAACCAACAUCUGAGCCUGAACCAGAACCAAGUGCAGAGCCCGAGUCUGAAUCAGAACCCGAACCUGUUGGUGAAGAUUGGCCCGAACCAGGUCCCGACUGGAGUGUGUUGCCAUCUAUUCUAGGAGUUGCUCUCCAAUGCCACGUCUAUAUAUUCGCAGUGUAUUUCACCCUCCUCGGUCUCUACGGUGGUCAGAUAUUGAUAUCCUUGAUUUAUGAGCUCAAAAAGGGCAACAAGAGUAUUCUCUCUUUUACGUUCAACUCUCUCCUUCUUGUGUUAGGAGUCACCCGUGCAGUGUCAUUGUUCAAUAACCCCUACGGCUCCAACGAGAAUGUACCACUGCUACUCUCGCGCAUGAUGUGGUCUGUGGGCUUCCCGUGUAUGACCGCUUCAAUGACAACUCUCCUCCUUGUUCUGCUCGACACCACAAGGCUAUCUCUGGGACCUCCGAGAUUUCAAAAAGUUCUCUCGACGGUGUCAUUGAGCUGUGGGUUCCAUUUCCUUCUGGUGUUGGGAAGCGACAUGCUGUGUCCUGCAUUUACUGAACUCAAACUGUUUUUGUUGCUGUGUCAAUUCAUCUACAUUACGUGGAGUGGACUUCUGGCCUUUGGCUUCUUCCGUGUGGGUUACUUGAUGAAAAAGAACUUUGCGUCUACUUUCUCCAAAUCAGGAAUGAGAGGAAGCAAAGAGCAGAGUGCUUCUCCAUUGAGACUAUACCGCAUGGUCCAUUACUGUGCUGUUGCAGCACUGGCAAGCUGUGUCACCAACAUCUACGGGGCAGUCGGGGUUUUCGGCGUCUACUCAGAUCUGGAGUUCGUGGAAGCCUCCUGGUGGAUCUUCCAGACCACCAUGAGGUUGGAGGAGGUGGCCAUGUCGGCCCUGGUGGCCAUGUUAGCCGGCAAGGCAGGAAAGGACGGGAUGUGGAAACUCAUCAGGAUCUUACGGGAGGCUACUCGUCGCUGUGCCACUCGGAUCCAGAGGAAGCGGUUCAGUACAAGGGUGGUUCCGGUUUCCGUUAAGUCUCCUCAGGACGCCGGAUCGAGCGGAUCGACGGAGAGAAUGUUCCUGAGUGAGAAUAACUCCAUUACUAUCGGAGCAUCUGCAUUGUCUGACAUUAGGAGUGAGAGGAGACGCCCCUCUGUAAUGCAACCGCUGCAAGAAGGGAAACUACCUGAACCAUCGCCCGAACCAGAGAGAGAACCAACACCAGAGCCGGAGCCAGAACCGGAACCAGAACCAGUGGUGGAACCGGAACCAAUACCGGAGCCCGAACCAGUUCCAGAACCAGAACCUGUGGUAGUAGAACCAGAACCAGAACCGGAACCUGAACCAGAACCUGCAGUAGAACCAGAACCUGUACCAGAACCUGCAGUAGAACCAGAACCUGAACCUAUAGUAGAGGUUGCUCCAGAACCGGAACCAGAACCAGAAAGAGAGCCCACUCCAGAACCAGAGAGAGAACCAACCCCAGAACCGGAGCCAGCACCUGUAGUCGUCAGACCCCCAACCCCUGAACCAGCCCCUAAGCCUGCGGACGAACCCGACCAUGCAAAGAGUAGGGCGCCCCCGCCCCCUGAACCCGUUAAACCUCAGAAGGAAGCACCAGCUAAGGCUGCACCGCCGCCCGCACCUGCACCUAGUGAGGGAAGUCUGGAUUUAUCUGAUAUGGCCAAAGCAAGAGCUCUAGCGGCCGGCAAGAAGAAGAAGAAGGCAGCAUCCAGCGCCGACUGGAGGACGAAAUACAACGCUUUCCAGAACUUGUAAGACUUACCGACAAUUUAGUCUAAUUUCUGUUUGUAGUUUUUAUUUUUAAAGUAGCUGCCGUGGCCCUCUCUUGCUAAAAUAAGUCGGGCAUACUCACAAAAUGUAUUGGUAUUCACUGGUGAUGAUUCGACUUCACAAAAUGAAUUCAUUACUUAUUUUUUGAGGGGGCACGGUCGCAGUUUUAUUUUACAAGGUUUUGUGGAUGUCUCAUCAGUUAUAGUGACAAGUUUUGUUUUGAUUUUGUCUGUAAUUUUAUAAGGUCAUCAGUUACAAUCCAACUCUACAUAAUCUUAAAACAAAAUGAGAAUGGAGUUGUUAAGACGCUGUUAAUUGAAUUUGGGUGUUUUUUCCGUUAAGGAAAGCAAGAUGGUUUUUCAAAAAAAAGUAAAUCAUGAAAAGAACUUGCCUGUCACAAUGUUCAUUAUUUUUUUCCUGCAAGUUAAGAAAGAUUUUGUCUGCCCCAUGUCUGGGUCUUUGUGAAAUUUGCACAUUUUGGACAAGCCUGGAUUUAUACAAAAGCCAUGUGGGGUGUAAAGCCUGGAUCAUACAAGAGUUGACGUCACUGUAUGUGCGCAGUGGAUACUCGGUAGAUAGUUGAGCACAGUAUAACUUAAGUGAACUGUUUGUUGCGAAAUUCUGUGGUCAAAUUCACUUUGAACUCGCAUGACCUUUGAACCAGGCGUUAAUCACUGAGGUUUUGGUCUUGAGGCCUGAUUGAAAUAUUGCACCAGACUUUGAUUAUUAUUUUCAUUUUGAAUGCGAGUACACUUUGUAGUUGGCAAUUCCGCAUCGGCGAUAACAUUUCUUUGUUCUGAAAGAUUGAUACUUCUAAAAAGAUAAGACUUGUGGACAAGUCGUUAAAUGUGGCGGUGCAUGCUCUAACGUCUAUUUAUUGCUUUCUCCUGACUACUGCCUCACGGGGGUUGUAGUUGCAAGGGCAGCAGUUUUGCGCGGAGCAGUAGUCUUGCGAGAGUAUUGUUGCGAGAGAGUUGUUAGCACUAUUAAGUUGAUUCUUCAGGGGUCUCAAAAAAUCAAUUUCUCUUAUGUUCGCUACAAGAUUGUACACUUAUUGCCAAAGGGAUGACUACUGCCCAAAGGGGCCGUAGUGCUGAAGCAAAAGCCUUGCGCGUAGCAGUAAUGUCGCGAGAGUUAUUUGCGAGAGAGUUAUUAACGCUAUCACGCAACGAUCAUUUAACAACUUUUCAACAAGUCCAGGAAAGAUAAGCAGAAAAAAAUAAAAUUGAAUAACUCAGAGUUUGAUUCCAAAUGUCUUGGGUAAAAUUUAUUGACAUUUUUUUAUUAGUUGUUAUGUUUGCACUUUUUUUUUCGUUUUUUGAUUUUUUGUUUUCUUUCAUUUCCAAUUUAAAAAAACCGAAUAUUUCCAGUUUAAGGAAACUUAUUCUCUAUGAACAGUUGACAACUACUAUCUUUAUUUCAUUGUAUUCAGCAUUCCAAUUUGGGAUAGAUAUAGUAUUCAACAAUGAAGAGAUAUGCACAUUUUUGAAAAUAAUUUCACCAAUGUAUAGUUUAUUUUAAAAUUCCAGUGGUGUUACAUAUAUAUGCAAGAAUUCAGAAAUUAGUUUAAAUUAUAGAAUAAUGUUUAAUGGACACAAGGUUUACUACGGAGUAUUUUUCUAGCAGUUGUAAAGUUGUACAAAUCAAAGGAAAUGAUGAAAAAACAGAAGAAGUUUGUUUAUGUUUUCAGAGACUGGGCCCAAUUUCAUGGUUCCGCUUUCCAACGAACUCUGCGCUUGCGAUUACCAUUAUACGCUUACUGUACAAGCGUGGAAUUUCUGUGCUAGCUUUGAAGCGAAGAAUGCCUAGAAACAUGAGUAUGCAGGCGUGUAAGCAAAUAGUCAAUGUUUACCCAGGAAAUACGCUUGACAUAAGCGCGAACUUCCCUGCCACCGUAAGCGACAAUUGUUUGCUUACGGUAAGCAGAGCCAUGAAAUUUGGCCCUGAUAUUAGGCACUAUGCAAACAUUCCACAGAAAGUUAUUUUGUUGUAUUUUUUAUUGUAUUCAUUGCUGCUUCCAACAUUCAUGAGUUGAAUGUGUCCUCAGUUUCUAGCGAAAUUUAUCAGAAAUUAUUUUUUCAAAUGAUAUUCAUAGAAUUGUCAUUCACUAAGAAUGUAGGGCCAAUCAGAAAGUAUUCAUAAACUGACCAAUCAGAUGAUCUCCAUUGAGAAUGA